UUAGCACCCAAAAUGUCAAAAUCAGAAUAGGAAAAGGAGAAAGAAAGAAGAAUCAUCUUAACUUCUUAAGCCGGUGAUUAGUUCCCUGAUCAAGCUAGAUUAAGAUAGAGAUAUGCAUAGAUGAAUUUAUGAAAGCACUGAUCUGAUCCAGCUACCUCCCAUCGACCAUUAUUUUUUAUUAUCGAAAAGAAAAAUAGGCUGGGAGAUCAAUCAAAAAUCUGUAUUAAUAGCUUAUCUAUCAGAUUUAAUGGAGGUGAGAGGCCAAGAUAAGAUUUUAGGGAUGCCAACGACCUUGGGGUUCAGCCCCCAAAAUAGAGACUCAUCUUCUUCUUCCAAGCUCUCUUCUUCAUCUCUUCAUCAUCAUCAUCAUCAUCACGUAAACAACACUCUAAUCUUCAACCACCCUCAAACCCUAGAACCAUUUUAUCAACCUCCACCUCAUCAUGAGCCUCACCAGUCGAAUCCAUACAAACCCAGUAGAGAUCCAGACCCAGUUCCAAACCCAGAUCCGAACCUAUCACCUGUUGCUGUCUUCACCACCCCAAGAGCAAGAAGCACCACACCACGCGGAGCAAACCACAGCUUCAAAGCAGCGCCAUCGGCGGCACUGGCACAAGUACCAGUAUCUGAGCCUGUUACAGCUUCGAAAGCAGUUCGCUAUCGAGAAUGCUUGAAGAAUCACGCGGCGAGUACAGGAGGGCAUGUACUGGAUGGCUGCGGAGAGUUCAUGCCAACCGGAGGGGAAGACAGCCCGGGAGGUCUAAGAUGUGCUGCGUGUGAGUGCCACAGAAAUUUUCACAGGAAAGAGAUUGAGGGUGAAACUCAAUUAGUACAUGUACCAAAUAAUUACCAUGUCCUUAACAACCACAACAAAAACAGCCAUAGCAGCCGUAGAAAUGCAUCAUCAGCACCAGUUGUACCCUCUCUCCCUCCACCACCUCCUGUUCACCAGCACUAUCAGCAUCAUCAUUUCCCGGCCACUAGUCCUACUGUGCCGGCAUCAUUUCCGCCUGGGAUGAUGACUUUUGGAGGUGGCGGAGGACCGGCCGAGUCAUCCAGCGAAGAUCUCAACCAUAUCAACAUGUACGAUCAGUCAAAUCAGGCUGGGGGUUCAAGGAAGCGGUUUCGGACAAAGUUCAGUCAAGAACAGAAAGACAAGAUGUUGGAAGUGGCUGAGAAAUUGGGAUGGAGGAUCCAGAAGCACGAUGAGCAAGAGGUGCAACAGUUGUGUUCUGAUUUGGGUGUGAAAAGACAAGUUUUCAAGGUAUGGAUGCACAACAAUAAACAAGCCAUGAAGAAGAAGCAACUGUAAGGCACUCGUUCUUCUUGUAAUUCUUCACAUUAUUCUUCUUUGGAGAGUGAGGA